AUGGAUUCAUCUGAUUUAGCAUAUAUAAUACCACCCUACUUACUUAACACAUGCUUGGGUUCUAAACUACAGAAAAUAAUUGCCUCCAAGGAUCCACAAUUGAGUCUUUCCAAUGUAAUGUCUACAAAAUCAUUCAAUUACACUAAUAAAUACAAUGAUAAGAAAAUUCCUAAACACCAAUACUCAUCGGAUCCAAUUGUAAACCAGUUAAUUAAAGAAAAAUUGGUGUAUAAGUUGUCCAUUAUUGGUGUGUUAGGAUCGAAUCCCAUGGAGAACCCAAUUGAUGAUGCAUAUCUUUUUGAAUUAUUUGAAAUGUUUAAGCAUAGAUUAUUGCAUGAUGAUACGAUUGACAAUAGAAAUGAUGAUUCAGGGUAUGAAUCUACUUCAAAAUCAAGGAAAUCUGUUUUUGAUUCUUCAACUGUGGGGGAAACGAAUUUUUUGUUUUCUUCGAACAAACGAUUGAAUAAGGAUUAUACCAAUUUUCCUAAUAACACAUUGAGGAACUUAUUAUUGACUUCAAAAUUUGACACUUACCAUCAAUACAGAGUUCCACCUAGUUUUCUUAAAUUUAGUGACGGAGAAUUCUUCAAAUGUCCCUUGCCCUUAGCUUGGUCUCCGCUAGUUCCUAAUAAUUAUUUGCGUUAUUUACAAGAUGAUUUAAACUUGAAAAUAAGCAGUGAUGACGGAUACUCAACUAUUUCGUUAUCGACUCUUCCUACAGACGAUCUGUUAGCAAUUGAUAGUGUAAAUGAAUUAAUUCCUAAAAAAAAGUACUACAAUUUUAUCUGUGACAAACCAGUUUCCCCUGCAAUUGGUGUAUUUUAUUAUGAAAUGGAAGUGAAUCAAGAGUGUACGGAAUCCACAAACUUUUUGCCUAUUCUACAAACUAAUGACUCGUCGAUUUCACCUAACAUUGUCAUGAAUAUUUGUAUGGGUUUCACCCGACAAUACGUUGACUAUGAAUCUACCUCAGAAUCAAAUGGGUCUGCAACUAAAGAUUACCUUGAUUUAGAUAAUGUGAAGGAUGACAUUCUAAUUAACGACGAAAAUUCUCUUCUCAAUUCACUGUUAAAUGAGGAAGUCCGUGGAAUGAUUUGUUGUCAGCCUGGAGAAUUCAGAGGAAGUUUUGCUGUGAACUUUGAAGAUCUGUCGUUUUAUAAUUCAAUUAAGAUAUCAGAGGCUACAAGUAGACAUGCAGCCUUAAGCAUGAAUAGAAGAUUGUCGUCAUUGAAUAGACAGAGUACAGAUGAAGAUAAUAGUAAAAUUGAUAUGGGUAUCCCGUUCAAUACUUAUACGUAUAGCGAAACACCUGCUAAAAAAUCGUAUAAAACCGAUGUUAUCGGCUGUGGAAUUAACUUUAUUAACAAAUCUGUGUUUUUUACAUUAAAUGGAGUUCUAGUUAAGACAAUCUCAAAUGAAGAUUUGGCAUCCAAACAAGUAUUAAAUGAUUAUGUAAAUUUGUUUUCUGAUUAUAAUCAAGAUGACCGUAGUGCAAUCUGCCCUAUUAUUGGUUUUAAAAUCCAAGAUUUGAAGAAUAAAAAUUCUAAAUUUGAUCCAACUACUUUAAAAAUAAAGACUAACCUUGGGUUCAAAGAGUUUAAAUUUAAUAUUGAAAACUAUGUUACAGAAUUUCGCAAUGAAAAUCAAAAGUUUAUGUAUUUAUCCUUACUUGAUAAGAUUCAAAAUAUUAAAUCAUCAAAUAUUGAAAUUGACUAUAUAGAAAAGGCAUUAUUGAAUAUUGAUGAUGACUCUAAAUUUGUUAAUAAAUUAAUCAAAGGAUAUCUCAACCAUGAAGGAUAUUUAGAAACAUUUAAUUCAUUCAGUUCGGAUUUAAAUAAUUUAUCUACAGAAAUCAGUUCAAAGGAAAAUUUAGAUGAAGAAGCUGAUUCGAUAGUAUUAAAAAAGUCACACGCUUUGAACAGACAAAUCAUCAAGAACUACAUUCUAAAGAACCAAUUUGAUCUUGCACUUAAAUUUAUAGCUAUGAACUAUGCAGAUUUAUUUGCUCAUGACAAAGGAAAAGACAUAAUAUUUGAAGUCAAAAAAUUCCAAUUUGUUUAUCUAUUAAAGAAAUACCUUGAGGUGAAAUUGAAUUUAAAUAAUUAUGAAUUUGAAUUCGAGUUUAACAAUAGUGAAAGUGAACUGGAAUUAUUCCAUAAGGCAUAUGAAUAUGGAAAAUCAUUACAAGAGGAAUAUCAAAGCUAUGGAGAGAAGCUAAGAUCAAUACAGGAAAUAUCGUCUGCAUUUAUUGUUAACAGCCAAGAAUCUUUGAGAAAUCUACCAAAGGUUGAUAAUUUGCUUUGUAACUAUUCAAAAGGCUUAUCUCAUUUGUCAAAUGAAAUCAACAAUAAAAUUUUAGAUCAUUUAGGAUUGAAUAAAAGCUCAAACUUGGAGCAGAUAUUUAAUCAUGUGGAUGAUAGGAUUAACAACUUGAGCUUGAAAUAUAACGAUGAAAAAUUUAUGCUAGUAAAUCUUGAAAGAGAUCAUAUGGAUAUAUAA